AGAUCCGCGUAACUUCCCUCCACAGGUAAGGUAACUGCGCCUCUAACAUCGAAGUACAGUGGGUCCUAUUGUGUACAUUAAUCUGUUCAUCACCAGGCCAGCACUGUACGGUAUACAAAGUCCAGCCAGGGCUCACAAAGCGCUACAUAAUACUAUAGGCCAGCAUGGGGCAUCGAGAGGCAAGACGUGUUAUGGGACGUACCCCAAUAUCUGGGCAGCCAAUCUAAGCCAUUUCCAUUCGUCUGAUUACACAUGGCCUGAACCGGCCCGUGUUCCUUAGGACCGUAAAUGUCGGCGAGUCGCACAAUGUCGUAUCACGAUGAAUCAUCAACUUGGGCGACCAUUGAAAUUUCCAGCUUACCCCAAGUUUACUUCUAAACAACCACACAUAUAUCACCAUGUUGAGAAGUGCUGGCUUAGCACGCGCUGUCCAAAGUGCUGCCCCAAGACAGGCCAUCAGAACCAAGGUCUCCAGCUCCACCUCCGCUUUGGCUUAUAAGCACUUGCACCGUAACCAAAAGAGACCUCCAUUGCCCACGUUGGAAACCCCCAACUGGUCAGCCGACGCUGCUGUUUCCUCCAUCUUAUACGAGACACCAGUCCCAUCCAAGGCGCCCAGAAAGCAACACGUGUUGAACUGUUUGGUCCAAAACGAGCCGGGUGUGUUGAGUUCGGUUUCCGGUACCUUGGCAGCCAGAGGGUUCAACAUCGACUCUUUGGUGGUUUGCAACACCGAGGUCAAGGACUUGUCGCGUAUGACUAUUGUGUUGAAGGGCCAGGACGCCGUGAUCGAGCAGGCCAGAAGACAGAUUGAGGACUUGGUGCCUGUGUACGCCGUGUUGGACUACACCAACGCCGAGAUCAUCAAGAGAGAGUUGUUGUUGGCUCGUGUUUCGUUGUUGGGCCCUGAGUACUUCCAGGAGUUGAUCCACACCCACAAGUUGCACACCGACGACGGAGCCUCCAUUCCCGACUUGGAAGCCCACGAGUCUGCGUACCACCCCAACAACUUGGCCCCCUCAGAAGCGUUGAGACAGAAGCAUGUUCAUUUGGACCACAUAUCCACCAUCACUGAGAAGUUUGGCGGCAAGAUUGUCGAUAUUUCCGACAGAAAUGUCAUCAUCGAGUUGAGUGCCAAGCCCUCGAGAAUCUCGUCCUACAUCCAGUUGUUGCAGCCCUUCGGUAUUUUGGAGAUUGCUCGUUCCGGUAUGAUGGCCUUGCCUAGAACCCCCUUGAACAACUUCUUGGAGGAGGACGAGGACGCCCUCGACGCAGCCGAUAUUGUCGAUGCCUCCCAAUUGCCUCCAGGUUAAUGCGUGCGCACAACUCCGGCCUCACUGUAUAGAUUAUUAUGCACCACAAAAUCUCGCCCACUGUGUAGAACCCCUCUUAGUAGCGC